AUGAGCGAGAGCCAAUUCUUUUGCCCUCGGCUGAUCGACUAUUUGGCUAUCGUCGGAGCUCAUCCCAAUUCUUCAAAAAGAAGUUCUUUAUACGAGUUACAAAACAAUGGAUCCAACAAUGAUGAAUAUAGCGGAGCCAGUUCAACAGUGUCCAGUAAUGAUGAAAACUUUUAUAUUCAGAACCCAGAAUUACUCCGACGGUAUCCAGCAGAAGAUCAUAAAGAUUUUAUAUUACCAGAAACAAUGUCAUAUUUUUGUCAACCAGAAGGAUGUGUUUCCUUCAAGCAUAGCCGAUCUGAAUCGAACAAAGUCACGUCAUUUGUAUUUACACUAACGGAUAAAGAUACAACCCGAACUAGAUACGGCGUGUGUGUAAAUUUUUAUAGACGUGUUGGUCAAUGUUAUACGAAUAAUUCAAAGAAUAUCAACAUAAAUGAUGAACUGAGUGCAAAGAAACCACAAAACAAUCAUUCGUCGGUAUUUUUAAGAUGUCAUUCUACAACUUCUUUUGGCAAAUCAAUGUCUCAAGAUCAUCCCACAGAUCAAUCAAACGAUAAGGUUACACACAAUAUUUCAUCACAGCCCGAAUCUCAAGAUUUAUAUUCUCUUACAUCGUUGUGUCUUCUUUCUCAUCAUCCUUUAUUUUCAAGUUUUCGUACAUGUUUGUUUUAUUUAAAAAGCCUUAUCGAUUCUUGCAAUAAAAAAAUUAAUUGUAGCAGAAAAGAAGGACAUAAAAGAAAAGAAUGUAUAUGGAGUUUAUUGACUGGAUUUUUAACUCAAGCAAAUUCUCCAAGAAUUAUACAAUUUAUCAAAGAACUUGAAAUGUGGAUAUUACGUUUGCUCAGCACUCCAGUCCCUGUACCAGGGAAGACGAAACUGGAAGUUUAUUUGUUUUCACAAAACGAGAGACAGCUACCACUAGCCUUCGCGUUACCCGACCACACGAGAUUUUCACUGAUUGAUUUCCCUUUACAUUUACCAUUAGAGUUAUUGGGAGUAGAUACGUGUCUCUACGUAUUAACUAUCAUAUUAUUAGAAAGUAAAGUCGUCUUCCAAUCAAAGGAUUAUAAUGCUCUCACUAUGUCCGUAAUGGCUUUAGUGGCACUUAUGUAUCCCUUGCAAUACAUGUUUACUGUUAUACCAUUGCUGCCUACAAGUCUACCAAAAUCGGAAAUGUUAUUCGAGAGUCCUGUGCCUUAUGUGGUUGGAGUUCCAUCCAGUUUUUUUUUAACAAAACGAGAUUUCAGAUUUCCGAAAGACGUUUGGAUAGUAGAUUUGGAUUCGAAUAAAAUAACACCGCCAAUAGUUGUUAAUCGAGAAGAUGCUAUACCACAGUUACCCAAGUCUGAAUCGUUAACUUUGAAAAAUAAUUUGAAAUCUGCAUUAAAUGGACUUUCGAGAAUAAAUAUUAACAAUAAAGCAACAAGUAGUUUUCCGGAAAAUGAAGUUAUGUCAACAACGAGGCCUCCUAUGGAAUUUUCGAGUACAGGAGAAGACAUCUCAAAAAGAAAAAUGGAAAACUUUCAAUCAAGAAGUAAUAUCAUAAACACUGAUAACAGUACAAAUCGAGGAAAUGAAAUAAGAAGACAAACGUCGACGAAUUCAGCGUACAACACAGUCGAUAUCGAUUCGGUGGAUAUUGCAAUCAGGGUGGCCAUGGUUCGUUUCUUUUUAUCCGGCGACGUAUUGGCCAACCUAACAGAACAUUCACGAACUCUGAGGCUCUACCCUAGACCUGUAGUAUUUUUUCAAAUCAAUUCUUUUCUGAAGAGCAGACCAAACCCGUCGCUUUUUACAUGUCAACUGUCUCGAACACAAGCAGUUGAUUAUUUCGCUGAAUGGGCAUUGACACCGAACAACGUGGUCUUCCAACGGAUUCAAACCGGCGUAAACGACCCAUCUAUGAUUGGCGAUAAGCUUAAAUGGUUUGCGAAUACCUUAGAGCCUGUUGUAUUUACCGUUUGGCAAGAAAAUUGUUCGAUUCAAAAUAUAAUGAAUGUCAAUGUAAAUUCAAACCGACCGUCUUUGGCAUUAGCUGAUGGGAGUCGUCGGUCCGACAGUGACGGUAGCGAUAGUAGUAGCAGUGAAGACGAGAGACCAGCAAUUUAUCGCGAAGAUUUCAAAGCCCAUGUUACGAGUGAAAAAAUUCUGAAAAUAGAAAGUCCAAGACUCAAUAUAGGACCAAUAGUACAGGGAGUACACUCUGCUUAUGAACCUCCAAUAACUUUACAAUUCCCAAUGGCGUCAGACGAUAGCCCAGAUGAGGAUGGGACCAUAGAAUCAAUUGGCAGUAAAUCUAUCGGAUCUUCGCCGUCCAGUAGCCACAGUGACAUGAGCUCGCCUAUGUUUAAACCCGAAUCCAUAAUAGAUAUCGUUAGAUGUAGCCAAUUGCAACAAUCACCUUCACAGUUGACUACAACUGCUACGGGUAACAAACUUCUUCUAAGCAGACAUAGCACAGGUGGUAGUGAUUCUGCUUUAAACCAUGUAGUUGUAGCACAAAAACAAAAUAGUAAUUUUAGACCUACAUCGCAAACAUCUACAUCAUCUGAGUUCUAUCAAACGUUACCGGCAGCCACAGAAAAAAAACAAAAUAUUAUAUCUAGUCCACCCUCAUCAAGAAAGGGAAGUUUAAGUAGCUUACACCAACAGUUGACAAGACAAUCCAGUCAAAACAAUUCAAUAUUGGAACAUUUUGCUUUUCAAGCCAAAGAACUUGUUAGAGAAACAGCCAGGCAAAGUAGUCAAGAAGGAGCUGGGGGAAUACUAGCGCAUGUAGCGGACAAACUGACCACUCAAGCAAAAAAAGCUGCAGGCGAAGCCACCAAAUCUGUACAUGAAGCUAGUAAAAGUGCAUUUGAAGCCAGUAAAACAGCGGCUGGUGUCAGCAAAAACACUUUUGAUGAUUUAACAUAUGUUGGAAAAAGUACAAUCGGUGAUCUCACAAAAAGUGCAAAACAAGUAGCGUCCAAAAAAGGAUUUAAGGUUGGAUUAUUGGGUGAAUCCGCGUCUUUAAGCUUACAGCAACUGAGUUUCGAUGAUGAAAUAAAUGACAACAGUCCACCGACCAAUCCAAUGUCAACUGGUUCCGUUUCAGAAGUUAGAAAGUCCUCAGUAACAUCGAUGGGAACAGGUGCCACAAAAGAUUUUUUUUCAAAUAUAUCAAAUGAUAUAAAUGGAUUAGCAAAUCAAACAACGAGCAUGUUUACUGAUUUAUUUGGUGGUAAUAAACAACAAAAAAAUAGUAAAUCGUCGCUCACAUUGCCAGUGACUAAAACUAAAGAACGCACAGCCGUUGGACUUUUUCCGACAAAAGCCGGGCGUAACGAUUUAGUUGAAAAAUCUAGUUUGAUUCGUCACUCAAAUCCAAGAAAACUAAGUGAAACAUCAAAAAUACCGAACAAAAAAUCAGUAAAACCUAAUAGUCACGUGGACAAUGAAACAUUCCUAAAGGAUGUAACAAAACAGAUUCUCGAAGGAGAUGGAAUAGGUUGGCUGAAGCUCAGUAGAUUUAAAAAAUUAAUGGAAGAAGAGGGAUACCGGAAUUUAGUAGUCAGUAAACUUAACCGGACAUUGGAUAAUAAAAUUAGUCCAAGUGAUCACAUUGAUGACGUGUAUAUAAAUAGAUUUGUUUGGAAAGGAAUGCUUAAAGCCUUACUAGCAAUUAUCCAUGGAUUAGAAGUAUCUUUUGGCAAUCAAUGUGGAGGUGGCUUAGCAUCUGCAUUCCAAGUAUUAGAAAUAGCUCAUACUCAUUAUUGGGCUAAAGACAUAUCCAUGACUGGUUUCGAAUCUCAAAUGUCCAGUCCAUAUAGUAGCCGUGAAAAUGUACAAUCACCACUACAAAGUCCAAGUAUUGCUGGUUCACCAAUGUCGAGUGUUUAUCAAACAUCUAGGAAAUCUUCUCAAACCAGUACAUCUGGAUUAUCUGAAUGUAAAAAUAGUGGAGCUGGAAAAUUUGCGCACGAAUUUUCAUUAGUUGACGACGGUGAAGAAUCAACUUCUAAUCCUUCUUCAAAGGAAACGUUCAAUGAUUUAAUGAAUAUCGAAACCAUAACAAGAACAAUUUCAACAAAAUCCAUUUUUGGAAAUGAAGGGGAAUUGUCAUCCCUUGGGCCGAUAGUGGUAUCAGAUGAAUCCAGUUGUACAGUAGUGCAGUUCUAG